AUUUUUACUCCAAGUUUAGUGACACGCUUGUGUACUGCUCACUGGCUAGAGCGUCUCUUGAGUCUCAAACGAGGGAAGAUGCUGCGGCCUAAUUCUUCAUAAUAACCGGCGUUAAAAUGAAAAUAGCGAGAUAAGAAAACGACCCCAUUAAAGACAAAAUGAAGAGGAGGCUCCUUCGUGGUUUUCUGUCGGAAAUCGUCGUCCGCUUGGCGCUCUUCGUGGUUUUCCUGGUGACGGAGCACCUUCCGCCUUUCUACCGCGAGAUCCAGCCAGAGGAGAUGUGGUUGUAUAAAUUUCACCGGGUGGAGCAAGAUCACAUCCCGACGUCACUCAUGUUUUGUGUGGCUGUUUUCACACCCAUGAUUGUCAUCGUCGUCUUCACCAUCCUGCUGAAGUCAGAGCGAGGCGAUGCCAAGGAAGCGUCACUGGCUGUGACUUUGACUCUGGUGCUGAACGGCGUUGUUACCAACAUCAUCAAACUUGCUGUGGGCAGGCCCAGGCCAGACUUCUUCUACCGCUGUUUCCCUGAUGGCCAACUGAACCUGGAGCUACGCUGCAAUGGUGAUCCUGCCGUGGUCAUGGAGGGGAGGAAGAGUUUUCCCAGCGGACAUUCUUCAUUUGCUUUUGCCGGGCUGGGCUUCACCUCCCUUUAUAUAGGCGGGAAGCUGCGAUGCUUCAACUCAGCCGGUCAAGGCAGAGCAUGGCGGCUCUGCGUUUUCCUCAUACCUUUAAUUGUAGCGCUGUCCAUCGCCCUCUCCAGAACCUGCGACUACAAACACCACUGGCAAGACGUAUUGGUGGGCUCUCUCCUGGGCCUGAUCUUCGCCUGGCUGUGCUAUAGGCAGCAUUACCCGGCGCUUCAGGACGCCGACUGCCACCGCCCUUUGACUCAUCGACAGGGUGUCCCCGCAGCACAGGAAUGCAGGCUAGCCAACUCCAACUACAUCCUGCCGAUGUAAAACGGGCUCUUGCGCUGGAUCCUUUGCGCUGUUGAUCCAUAUCGUGACUCUAGGGGCUGGGAACUUUUUACUGUUUAUCAUAGAAACGCUGUUACAGUGGUGUGAAAAAGUGUUUGCCUCUCAUUUUUGUCUCACUUACAUGUACCCAUCAUCAAACAAUUGUUUAAUUAUUACUAGUACACAACAGAUGUAAACACAAAAUGUAGUUUUAAAAUGUUUUUUUUUAUUAUUUAGGGGCGAAGAAACCUAAAUGGUUCUGUGUGGGGGGAAAAAAUUAUUACUCCCUAAACCUAUUAACGGGUAACUUACUUGUCGUCUUUGAUAUUUAGAUUUGUUGAAGAUGUGGAAACAUCUGUGACAUGCAUAAAAAAAAAAGAAACUAAAUUAGAGCAGGCAAACACUUUGGCAACACUGUGUAGGUUAGGCUGGCACACUGGGUAUUUUCUCUACUAUAUGACACUUCAUGUCGGACCAAAUAUCUGCAUGAAAAUAAAUUGCCUUUGGUUGCCCAGCGCUGUAACAGAAGACAUUUAUCUGCUACUUCACACCCAUUAUUCAUGUUUUCAUAUAGCAACAUGGCAUCCUUCAAUCCAGAUAAUUACAGGAGUGACUGUCAUUUGUCAAACUUCUCACCAGCCACUUUUCCUGCCCGUUAUUGAUCUGACGUUGCCAUUGAAGGUGGAGAAUUGCUCCCAUCCCGUUGAUGCUGUUUACGCAGAUCAACGAUGUGGAAAAAUGCCAGCAUUUAGCGGCUUCUUCCAGUUUUACACAUAACCAUUUUGUGGCAGCCCAUUGAUCUUGUGAUGCCAUAAAUCAAUUGGUUGUGCUAUUAUUAAGUUGACAAAAAUGUGUCAUGAAGUAAACAAGCCAAGUUAUAGAUAGGGUUGGGUAUCGUCUGCAUUUGAGCGAUUUUGGAUGCGAUUCUGAUUCGUUUUAGGGUGCUGGGUCAAAAAAAGUUUGCAUGGUUCAAAUAAUCGGUGUCCAAAUUAUGAACAUCCAUUUUCUUAGCGGUCUGCAGUAUAGACUAGAACAAACAUUAGACUCGAGGUUCCUGAGAACAGGUAUGAAUUUCAAACCAAUGAGCAGAAGGGAAUUUGUAUGUAACUAACCCAAUUUACUUAAUGUUCAUUAAUCCAGCCAUCCAUUUUCUUAGCCCCAUAUCCUCACAAGGGUCGCAGGAAGUGCUGGAACCUAUCCCAGCUGUCAACGGGCAGGAGGCAGGGGACAACCCUGAACUGGUUGCUAGCCAAUCGUAGGGCACAUCGAGCCAAACAGCCACACUCACAAUCACACCUAGGCGCAAUUUAGAGUGUCCAAUUAAUGUUGCAUGUUUUUGGGAUGUGGGAGGAAACCAGAGUGCCCGGAGAAAACCCACGCAGGCAAGGGGGAGAACAGGCAAACUCCACACAGGCGGGUCCGGAAUUGAACCCGAGACCUCAGAACUGUGAAGCCAACGCUUUCCAGCUGCUCCACCGUUCCGCCAUGUUCAUUCAUGUUUAGGAUAAAAGUUAAAUAUAGCAUUGUUGGUUAUUUACGACUGUUUUAUCACUUCAACUGGUUUACAUGUGCAAGUUUUAACUUGACUUCCUCUUUUAAGCAUGCAGUUGUUUUUUUUUUAAGGUUCGUGCUUGUGUUACUGUGUGAGAAUUUUUAUGUGAAUUUUGUCCCAUCAUUGUGAUGUCAAGUUGCUAGUUUGACCUUCGCUGAAGCUUUAGUUCAAUGUUAAGCUUGUAAUGUGAAUUUAUUCCCGCUAUGUCAAAAUGAUAUAUUGAUAUAUACAAUUUGAACCAUCCCGGGAGACGGAUUCUCGAUGCCCAACCCUAGUUGCAAAGGAGGUCAAUUACUUUUAACAUGUUUAAUCUUAACUGUAAUUGUGUGGAUAAAAUGUGUGCUGUUGCUUGUGGGCCAUUUAGAUAAGGUCACGCCACAUUAAGGAUGUCUGCGGUGUUAAUUUUACUCAUCAGAGGGCACAAAAGAGAGGUCGGGAAUGUUGGCAUGGGGGGGAACACAGCUGUCUUUCAAAAUAGCAGCUGCUGGGUUUGUUUGGUUGUUUUUACCUUCAAGGGAAAUAUUAACCCAACAGAGAUGUGCAGGCAUAAGAUACCUCUGUAAAAUACUGACAUCACCCUGUUAGCUGUUUUAUUUUAUUUUAUUUUUUUCACCUCUAAAGCUUAUGCUGUCACUCACUGUAGCUUACUUUUAAUGGAACCACGGCACAUUUCCAUCUGGCCUUUCAUGCCAUUCCAAAACCAAAUGAAGGUAGUUGGUCACUAUUAGUAUAUUAUGUAUAUUAUACUAGAAAGUGCUUUCGUUGUCCUCAUAAAAAUCAUGAAAAUGUAGCAGAGUAAUGAGACUUAUACCAGAACUAUCUUAACUCCUAAAGUGGUUCCUUCAUUUUUUCCCCCCCUGAUUGGAUACGCAUGAUUUUGGCCUGACCUACAUCCCUGCUCACUACAGUGGGUGUAUGAUAAGUUGUUAAAUUAUACUAAAUCCCACCCCCAUCCCACCCAAAUGUACAUGUUUUUCUUGUCCACACUAAAUUAUUUGGUCAGAUGAGUUAUUAUUAUCAUGUAUGUAUAUUGUUUUCAUGAUAAUGGUGAACAUUUUGCUUGUGUUCUUCAAAUUGUUGUCGCUAUGAUGGAGUAUCUGCCCCUUUAAAGAGAAUAUGAUGGGAUAUUUUCUUUCUUCAGUGGAGGAUGAAAUUCUGGCUAGUCGCAGAGUUAAUAUUUACAAUAUGAAGUUCAAUGAGAGUUCAACUUUUUUAGAGGGGGUUAAAUGGGGACAUCUCAAAGGCACAAAGUGUGAGUCAUUUGGACUCAAUUGUGAUUAAAAGGGGCCCACAUAUUUGCCCCACAAAUGCUCAUAAUACCCAAAAAUAAAUGUAAUAUUUGUUAGACAAUUGAUCAAAUUUUUUCCCAAAAUUUAGUUUGGCUUCUAUGCCUUUACAAAAAGUUUGAUGAAAGGAAAUAACCUGUCCAUCUCUGAUUUAAAUGACCUGUUGUGUUCCGAAUGGGGUCAUAUGGAAUAAUCUUAGUUGUUUGUUUUUGACAGUGUUUUGUUUGCACAGCUGUCCAAUCCAUUUAUUAGCAGAGAAACAAAUAUCCACAGGGCUGUUUUUUGUUGCUUUUAUUUUUUUUUUUAUGAUUGGGGUACUGGGAACAAAUAUUAAAAUUCAUCUCUCAGGCCCACAAUAACUAGACUGUGCAGCUCAGACUGCUGUCACAUUUUUAACACAAGGAAAGUGACAAUGUAACAGCUCCUGCUGCUCUAGAUUUAAAAAUCCUGUACAGUUUUGUUGGCACUUCAGGAAUGACGAUACAUUUUUAUUUUUAUUUUUUUGUGGGUUCUAUGAUAGCCCGUUGGUGGGAACAAAAAAAUCAGGAAAACCCUUUUUAUUGUGAGUGAGGUCAGCCAAGGUUUUGCAGGGUAUAAGCACUUUUUUCUGGUCACUGUGAUACCAGCUCAAACGCGUUGAUCACAGAAGCUUUCAGACCAAACACGGCAGUGAUUUUGUGCCUUUUUUUUAAAUUAUUAUUAUUAUUUCCAACAUUGUCUAAUUUGUGAAAUGACCACUGCUUUUCUGCUUUUCAUUCCAUUUUUGUUCUACAACUUCCAUUUUCUCAUGUGUUGACAUUCACUUUAAUGAUUCCAGGCGAUUCAUCAUUAUUAUCAGCAUGAUGCUUUUGUUUAAAAAAACAAAACAAAAAGUUUUGAUUUCCCCCACCCCCCUCCACACACACACACACACACACACACACACACAAUUAGAAUGUAUACAGAACCACGGUGAUCUCUUGACGGAAAGUCUGAACAUUAUUAAUAAUUUAUAUGUAAAUUGUAGAGUUCCUCUUGCAGGAUUUUAAUGGUGUACUCUAUGAUCAGCUGCACUUAAUUUGGGGCAUGUAAGAAGAGUUUGACUUGAAUUUUUAAUGUGUUUGACCUUUUUUGACUAUUUUGUUAACAACUGCAGUAGGCAUUUAAAUCCUGCAUGUUUCUCAGUGUAUUAAGAAAAAUGUCUCCACAUUGAUACAUAUAUAUUUUUUGCGGGAUGUCACAUUUGAAUUUUUUUUUUUCUUCCCCUGAAAGUUUCAGGGUGUUGACUAUCUGUCCUAAUGCUGUUUUGUGAAGUACAAAUUCUUAGCAUUAUUAUUAUUAUUAUGAUUGUCAGGAAGAUCUUUAUUUUGCCUUUAAUGACCCUGGAGCAUUGUUAAAGUAGUUAUUUGCGACUUUUAUGCUGAUACUUUCCUGAUUGUGUUAUGUUGUUAUGCCAUUCGGUCACACUAAAUUAUGUUUCCACAUACCGUAAGUUUGUAUAUUCGUUUUUCUUUAAUAACAGACGUUUUCUAGAUGUGUAUACAAACAGUAGUUUUCGUCCACCCACUUUUUUUUUUUUUUAAUCAAAAUGUAAGUGGAGUGACAACACCUUGUUGAGUUAGAAACCUCAUGUACAUAUGCAUCUUAAUAAAUGAGA